CCGUGUAGCGAAGGUAGAUGGACAACACAAAACGAAGAUACUUUGGCGAGUACUGUUCUCUUCAGCAGCGCUAAGGAACUUCAAGCAUUAUCAUCCAUUUUUCAUCAUGAAAUUCCUCAUCGCUUUCUCCGCUAUCUUGGCUGUUGCCUUUGGAACUCCUGGAUAUAUAUACGGUGUUCAUCCAGCACCAAUCGCCUAUGCAAGAUUAGUACCCGGUGCACCAAUCGGAAUAGACGGACGAGUAGUCGACACACCGGAAGUUGCUGUAGCCAAAGCCGAACAUGCGGCAGCACACAUCAACGAAAGGAUCAAUUUAGCAAACGAAGCAGUCAAAUCGGCUGAAGUUGUUGUCCCAGCAACUUACGGUGUUUCCGUUGGCACACCUGUUAUUGCUUCGACGGUACCCGUCGUAGCAUCACCAACCAAAAUCGUAUCAGGUGCACCAAUCGGUGUCGAUGGACGCGUAGUUGACACACCGGAAGUUGCCGUCGCCAAAGCCGAACAUGCCGCUGCACAGGCCAACGAAAGGCUAGGAUUGGCUCAAGAAGCUGCCAAAUCUAUUUCUGCUGAUCUUCCCGUACUCGUAUCACCAGUUUUAUACUAUAAUAGAAAGGAACCUUCUGUUAACAUUUAUUUGAGAGAUCCGUGUAUGUUCUGUAUUGAAAAUAUUUCACACACCUUAAGUAUGGUAUCUUAUGCGAGUACUGGUCAUACCAGCAGCGCUUUGAAGAAGAAGAAGAAGAAGAAGAAGAAGAAAAAGAAGAAAGAAAGAAAAGGACUUCACACUCCCCCACCACAACUAAUAUCACAGGUCGUCAUGCAAGUCCCGAUACUCGUCGUAUUAGCUUUGAUCGCUAAUAGCUGCAAUGCCGGUUACAUAGGACCAUCCUCGUCUUAUGCCGAACCCCAAUUAGAGGCUCAACGAGCACCGCCAAGAUUUGCACCGCCUGCACCGGUUGGUCAAGAUGGGAAUGUUAUCGAUACCCCCGAGGUAGCUCAAGCUAAGGCCGCACACUUUGCCGAAUUUGCCAAAGCAGCGGCUAGAGCUGUUGAAGAGAGCAAAAAUCAAAAAGCUAACUUUAACGAUUCUCCUAAUCCUAGAUCACCACAAUCCUACAACAGUUAUCCCUCUAAUGUACAACAACCAUCUGCACCUUUGUACAGACAACAAACUUAUCAACCAAAUUAUCAACAACCCCCCCAACCAGCCUACCAACAACCUGUUACUUAUCAAAACAAUCCUUUACCACCUAUACCAACCCAAUACAAUCCUGUACCUUCCGUUAAUCCUGCUGCUUAUCAACAAACUACACAAUACGAACAACCGCGACCUAAUUUCGUUAAUCAGAAAAGUAACUUCGGUUCACCGGCAAAAGCAACUUUCGUUCCUGCCCCUCUUGCCGAAGACGGCACCGUUUUGGACACGCCCGAGGUCGCUGCCCUCAAGGCAGCCAGACUCGCUGAACUCGCCGAUGCCGAGGCCAGGGCCUACAAGUACAGUGCUGCUACCAGGGAGUUUCCUGGAUCUCAAGGUCAAGCAUACCAAGAUGGUCAAGUUGGUGGUCCAUCAGCAAUAAAUUACAACUCACCUACUUCACAAUUUGGUCCUUCGUAUCAAAGUGAACCAGCUAGAAUAUUGGGACCACAACACUUAAGUUUUCCUAAAUCUUUCCAACCAGAUCACGGAUAUCAAUCGUCACAAAAUUAUCAACAACCACAAUACGUGUCAGGAUCUUAUUGAUACUGACACAUAUCAAAUGAAAAUGCGAAAUUUUUGUACAUAAUAUUUACA